AAGUAAAACCAAAACCAAAACCAAAGUAAUUGUCUAAUUACUUUCGACACUCAAUUGAAAACCGCUCUAAGGGGAUGAAAUCGGUAAAACCCGUGUGCUUAUAAUGUUCGUUUCCAGCAGAGCAUGGGAAGGAUCAUCAUCAUUUUUUCCUUCUCUCCUAGUGCAGAAUGGGGCCACCUCCACCUCCCUUUAUGUCUUGAAUCCGAGAUCCUCUCUCUCCUUGUUGAUCGUUCUCUGCAAUGUCUCUCUUGGCCGUCCUCUUCGGCGUUUGCCUUAGGGUGCCCAUGUUAGUGCUAUCUUGCAAUUUUGGUCUGAAGAUAUCCUCAAAACAUGGCCCGGCCAUUUCCAUCUCCUAGUUCUUACUUACUCGCUGAUUGUCCUUGUGCCUGAUCUUGAUCUCUAACCUUCAUCGACCAGUAAACGAUCAGGAUUUUCCUCAUGCAUUAGUGCAGGGAAACGUCUAACUUGGAAUCGCCCUCUUUGGUCAUUCGCAAUGUCUCGCAACCAUGGAGUAGAACGGCAACAACAUUCGUUUUGAUCAUGAUCCUUGUCUUUCGACUGAGGAAGCUACUUUUUCCAUACCCUGUUAACCUUGUUAAACCCCACCCUUGCUUUCCAUAGCCUGCUCUUAUAUCACUAGCUGUACCUCCUUGCUUUGGAACCAAAAUAUACAAAACUGUCCACAUCAUCCACUUCUCUCUCUCCUGGUUGGUUAGUGGAUCCAGUCUGCCAGGGUUGUACCUCAGAACUUUGGUCUUCUCUUCAUUGGUCUUUAGACCUUCUUUCUCCCGAACUGGUCUAGUCGGUUCAGUUUCUUCUGUGCAUGACUCCAUCUGCUAGACAAAAGUGUCAAGUCAUCGGCAAAAUCAAGAUCGUCAAGGGUUGUUGUCAGUUUGCAUCAGAUUCCACUUUUGCUGUUCUCCUCGGUUCUCUUCAUAACCCAGUCAAUGAUCAUGAGAAAAAUGAAACCGGACAUAACACAACCCUGUUUUGCUCCUGAAAGCAUCUCCAACCAAUCGAGAUGCCUGGUCUUAUCUAUAAAGGCACAUCUGCAAUUCUUGUACAUACUUUUCACCAUGUCGACCAACUUGAUUGAGAUUCCAUAACUCUUCAGCAAGCGCCACAGUGUCUCUAUAUGAACACUAUCACUGAAUGACAUCUCAACGUCUACAAAAAAUAGUUAGAAGCAAGAAUUCCACUCAAUGAACCGUUCGACAACAUUGCGUAGCACGAAUAUCUGUCCCAGUGGUACUUCUGCCACUUCUAUAUCCGGCUUGCUCGGCUCUCAGAUUCUGAUUGACUUCUCCUCGUAUGUAUGAAAUGAACACUCUGCCUAAUUCCUUUGCCACUGUCGACAUAAGCGUUAUUCCUUUCUAGUUUUCAAAACUUUCAAAUCACAUUUCUUUGGUAAUCUGACGAUCAAACUCCUACUCCAGUCAUUUGGUAUCUCCUCCUGGUCCCAGAUUUUUUGGAAUAACUAAUGUAAUGCAUUGGUGGUCACAACUAUAUCUGCUUUCAACAUCUCGCCUAUGAUGGAAUCUAAUCUGCUGCUUUUCCAUUCUCCAUGUUUCCAACGGCCUUUCUAAUCUCUUCUUUUGUGACAUAUCCGGUCUCGUUCCCUAAAUGGUUGGUGCAUCUUGCGCUCUGAUAGCUAUGGAAGUGAUAAAAAUCUUUCCCCUUGUGCUAUUUGGUUGUUAAUAUUGCCAUAAAUACAGACAUCUUGAAUGCCAUCAAUAGAAGAAAUGUUUUUCUCCCCAAACAUUAGAACUGUAAGCUGUUUGGCCAUAUUAGCUGCAUUAACGACCCAUUCAGCAUUUUCUAGUCACAGUCAUAUUUGACAAGUCAAGACGACGAGAACAAGAGACAAAAUGUAACACAAACGUGACGAGCAGCCAGCUUACAUUGUGCUUGUUAUGGCUUGUUCAUCGGCCAUGCAUAUUCAUGAGUGAAAAAAGAGGGAAAUGGUCAAUGUUCCAUAUCCCAAAUUACAUAUUCUAGCGGUCACCCAGCGGAAUUUUUGAUACAAAACCUGACUGGUCGCAGCAAUUUACAGAAAAAAAACACCUCAUUUUUGAUGCUUUGAUGUCAACAUGAACUGUACAAUCCUGAAGGCCUCCCAGGGGCUUUGGGGAACAAGGGAACAUGAUCAUUUCAAAGGAACAUGGGAAAGUUUGGGAUCAAUUUGAGGAAGAAGGAAUAUCUUUACUAUUAAAGGGAACUUUGCCAAAAAUUUUAGAGAACAUGGAAUUAAUUUAAAGGGAACAAGGGAGAAAAAGUGAAAUUUUCAAGGUAGCAUGCCACCCCCCCUGUAACUGUAUUUUAGCCUGUUUUAAGCAAGUAUACAAAAUACAGCAUUAAAGUGCACCAUACUAGGCAGCCAGGAGAGGCUGUCACAACUGCGAUUAUUCUGCACAACUGAGAGAUUUUGACUAAAUGGAAUGCGUCAAGCCCAAUGGCGGAUCCCAGGCAAGCAAAGGUUUUUUAUGGUAAAAAAUUGUUUUUGGCUUUUUCGGAUAGAUCACAUUGAACUCUUUAAAAGUUCUACGGAAAAAGAUUGAAGGUUUCAAAAUCGUUCGAUCAGAAAUUGGGCUAGUGUGUUGGCUGCUAGUGACAAAGGGUCCUUCGAGCAGGAGACGUUUCUUGCAUUGGACGAGGAAGACGUUCGACGUUCGCUAAGCAUCACUUCCUUAGCGCUUUCGCCCUUCGAAGUAACAUCUCACUCAAUACGUCGUGGGUUUCAUUCACAUUGUAUUAAGCUAAGGCAUUUAGAAAGUCGAAAAGAAUAAGCAGGGACGAAAAUUAUUUCCUUACUAACUUGGGUGCCUGAACAGAGGAUUUCAGAUCUUGCAAAGGAUAUUUUCCUCCUGAAGCAACAUUUGAGACUCCUUCAGAACAGACAAUAUUCGUAUUCCCGGUAUUGGACUGAAACUAGCUGGCAACGGAGGUUUAUGCGAGGGAAUAAAAAGGGAUAAAUGCUAUUUGCAUUUAAAAAGACCCCGCAUUAGCCCCUCAGUUGCAAGCUAGCUCUAGUCUAAUAUGAUACGAGCGCUAUUCUUAAAGUAAAUGAGCGUUCACUUUAUCGACCACCAAGUCGUCACUUUCACACUUUCUGAGUAUUUAUCUCAUAACACAGGAAGAACGCCUUAAAGUACAUUUUCUCUCGUAUCUCGAAAGGAAAAUUUCAGCGAGUUAAGCGCACAUUUUGAGUUCGUUUUCAGCAAGUUUUCAAUGUUUGUGACGGAAAUUUGGAGAGAAUGUAGCCCGAUAGUCAGGCCAAAAAACCCUUAAAGGAGAAUUCUCAUUUUUUGCUCUCUUCAUUCAUCAUUUCUCCUUUACACGCCACCUGGCGCAUAGGGUAUCAGCAAGACUCCUCCAUUUCUGUCGGUCCUUGGCACGCUGUGCGGCCUGCUCCCAAUUAAGGUUUAGGGCCUAAAGUUCUGCUUCUGCAGUCCUCCUCCGGGUGGAUUUUGAGCGGCGUCUCUUCGUUUCACCCUAUGGUGUCCAUCUGAGAGCAACUUUCGAGAUGUUAGUAGUUUCUCUACGGAGCACGUGACCGAUUAAACGCCAUCUUCGCCUGAUAAGAACAAUUCCCAUCUCUCCCUGCUCUGACAGUUUGAAGAGCUCAUUGUUGGAGAUCUUUCUUGACCAAAAGAUACGCAAGACUUAACGUAGAACGGAAGAGUGAGAGGGUUGCAGCUUAUGCAGAUAAUUUACAGUCAUUCUCCAACAUUACUAUCCAUAGAGUAAGUAGUACAGACAGUACACAAGCUUAAUGUUUGUGCCUCUGCUGUACUUUCUUCUCCUCCACACAGGUCGCAAUUUUCUGACGGCCCCUCUAGCUUUACCAAUCCUCUGUCGAAUGUCCUGGUCGGCUCCCCCUUCACUGAAGACCGUGCUACCCAAAUACGUGAAUUGAUAGGUAGUUGUAAGUGUAGCUGUCAUAAAUGGUCAAUGGUGCUGAGAAGUUUACAGGCAAGACCUCUGUCUUGUUAGGGCUGAUCUUAAGCCCCACCUGCCAAGCGAAUCUAUUAAACCUGUCAGAUUUUUCCCGCCUGUCAUUAAUAGAAUGAGAUAGCAAAGCAAUGUCGUCCUCCAGAACGGUCGAAAGUGUCCAGUGCAUUCCUCUCCUUCUGUCUUCAGUAGCUUGAGAUAGCAUCCAUUCGGUGACAGUGUUGUACAGUAACGCUGUUUAUCAACUCUCGAAUUUGCGUGUCGAUAACAAAUAACGUGUCAAUAACAAACCAGACAAGUAAUCACAAUUUCACGACAGUUUUUUAGAGAAAGGUGUCAAGAAGACAUAGCGAAGUUGAUCGCUUCCUCCCGAUCAAAUCCGAAAGGAAACGAACUUGAUUAGUGAACCUCUUUACUUUACGAAAUCGGGCGCUGUAAUCGGAAAACACUAAAAUGUUUGAUUUUAUCGAAUAUUCCUUCGUAAUCUACAAUCCUUGAGCUUUCAGAAAAUAUAUACUUUACCAGGGUUUGCGUAAAAAAGUUCGACAGUAAGGUGACGGAAACGAAUGAUGGUUAUUUGGGCAUACAUUUGUCCAAAUUUUAGGCAAUUGAUAAGAAAAGGCCCAUCUUCCCCUCUAACGCGUACUUCCCCCUCCUUUGAGCACGUCUGGAGGCUUAUACUGUUGAACUCGUUUGUCCAGUUCCAAAUUACCAGUUUUCAUUUCGGAGAGCUUUUUGUCUCAGACGAUUUACACCGAUCGCCGGAAAAAAAAUCGGCAGUUUUGUAAUUUCCGGGGGGUUAAACUUCCACUAAAAUUUCCACUUAACUCUCUGAAGUGUGUAUUUUCAACACAUCUAACUGGUACUCCAGUAUGAGAAAUAGAAAAUAACAUAUACUUGUAAUGCACUUCUCAACAUCAGGCAUCGUUGGUGCUUUUCAAGUCAAUCUGAGGGACGCGCAUAGAGCCAACACCUACGAGGUACAAGAGUACGAUGAUUCUGGUAUCUUCCGAACCAAGUACAAUGUGCUAUCCUUAAAUGAUACACACGCUCAUCUCCACCGAACCUGGACCAACUUCGACUACCAGCAAUUUACAGAUGGUGCUCCGCCGAAAGGAGAACACAAGGUUCAGUCUCAGCAUAGCGUUCAUGUGCAUCUUAAAGAUGGAAAAGUAGAUAACGUUCACCGCACCACAAGUGCAUUCUUCAGGCCAGCCAAAGGACACCCAAGGGCAGAGAAUUUUAAAGCCUUCGCAAAACAGGAUAUAGAGAUGUCAACCAGUGGAUACAGCAAACUGACCUUAAUAUCGUGCUCUGGUCCUGAACAUCAACGUUCCAAGCGCUCCACUGCCUGGAACGAACAUCUCAAGACAACAAAAUCUCUUACUAGAGACAGCUUACUGCUUGAUGACACAGACAAAAUAAAAGUUUCAGAGAUAAGCAAGGAAAAGAAGAAAACAAGACCUUUGUACGAGGUCUUACGCUGUUUUGUAGACGACACCGUUGAAGAGCGGGAAGUUGGUUAUUGUACGAAUGAGCUGCACCACAUGGUUCGCAAUGAUAAAAAUGUAUUCAGAGCAGUCAAAAGGUUGGUCCAAAAUCGAAAUCACCAAAACCUAACCUCAUGGGCCGUUUAUUUAGCCGCUCUAGCUGCGCACGGCAAAUAUGAAGCCCAAAAUACCCUAGCAUACGCCGUAAAGACAGAUUAUCCAAGGCUUCUCAGCAGCGAAGAAUACGAGACUUUGCUGAUAUCCAUUUUGUACCUACCAGACGGACCACUGCACUCUAGUCUCUUUAACGCCCUUUUUGAUCUGACGAUGGAAGACGGCAAAGAAGAAGCUGUUACAGCUACAGCAAUGCUGGUCUUGGCUGGACUUACAGAAAAAGCAAAAAGAGCAGGAUACAAUGAAACCUUAAGCGAUAGCGUUGCUGAGAUGAUUCACAACAGGUACCGAAACAAGUCAAGCAUUUAUCAUCCGGAAAGUAUGGAAUAUGAAUCACACCUGAGAGACCACAUUUGGGCAUUUGGAAAUCUUGGUCAUCAUUCCGGACUUCCAGUCAUUCUCGAACACAUUGAGCACGAUAACUCUGAUAUUCGAUCAGCGGUGAUUUCAGCUAUGCGAAAAAUGUCUCCAAAGCACACAGACCGAUAUCUGAUGACAGCCUUGAACCAAGAUGAACACAAGGAAGUCAAGACGGCAGUAGUCAAUGUUUUUAUUGAUCGCCACCAAAACUUGACUGAAUCAGUAGUUCUAGGAUUGGAGCAAGCAAUGUGGCACGCCGACAAGGACGACUCCUUGGACUCGGCAAUACAAGAAUUCCUUGAAAACCAUGGCAAUCAUAGCAGAGCAACAGAUUUACGUACCAAGCGUAGAGUAAUUCAUCGCCGCAAACGUGCCCUGAUACCAGAGCUCCGCCCUCGCAGCUACGAAAUCGGCCGAGUGAAGCGCUGGGAUAAGGUUGUUGGGGGAGACUGGUUAGGUGCUGAAACUGUCAUUCAGUUCUUGAAUAAACUCGAGUUACGCGUUGGACUUUUCGGUGGAAAAUUUGAAAUUAAUCUUGAUAAUUACGCGUUGAUUAGAGGUCACAUUCUCAAGAUUCCUUUUGAUGUAGCCAAGGGCAAAGCUGCGUUCAAGGUCUCAGCAAGUUUUAAAAACGACAUUCCAAAAGAUCUUAUUCACACUGUUGCAGAUGCUGGAGAUGAACUUCUCAGAACCUUCGACAGUAUUGCAAGUGUAAUUACUAAGGAAAUCGAGAAAUUCCGAGCAACACUCGCCAGGUAUAUUCCGUUAAACAUUGAUAAGUUCACAGACUUUGCCAGAAAAAUUAACAAUUUUUUGAAAGAACUGAGUCUUCCUUUGCAAGCCAUUAAGGCCACCAGAAAGAUCAUCGGCUUCUCCAGAGAUUUGAGCUUUCGUGUUAACGACUGGACAUCGUUGAUAGAUAGAAUCAAGAAAUUACAGCACAGUCUGACAAAGCUUAGUGGUUUGGAGACCCUGUUCAAGAAAGUUCUUCGUUCUUUAGACACAAUACUUGGAAUUAUCGAUGACGUAAGUAAGCAGCUGCCAAAAAAUCUCCCGGGUGACUUUAAUAUUAAGAACCUUCUUCACAAUCUCAGAAAGGUUCCUGUCAGUCAACAAGACGCCGAGAUUAAGGAAUAUUUCAAGACACUGGGGUCGUCUGUGCCUGAUGGAUUCCGCUUACACCUUCCAUUCAAGUUCUCGAUCCAUUUCUCCUUCUCACUAAACAGGUUUCAGCAAGUUUUGUUAAGAUUGCAGCGUUUCAGUAGCAAAUAUCUGGAAAUGUCUAAUUCGCUGGAUUCGUUGGAUGGGACAAAGUUACCCACAUUAAGCCUUCCGUUUCUGAAAAUACAUUCUCCAGUGUUUCAAAGCCGAAAGUUUAAUUUUGGCCUUGAUUUUGACUGGAAGGUUUACCUCAGAUUCGAUCUCAACUUGAAAUCGACGGAUUUACAGACAGUCGUUGCUCUCCUUGGAAAAUUUGGAGAAUUUUUCCGGCAGUUUACAUUCCUCGAUUUCGAUCUCGACACGUUCUUUCAAGAUAUCUUACCCGGUAGAUCAUCUGACUUGCAAACGCAUUUCACUGAGAUUUACAAGAACGACCAUGGAAAUUCCUCUGACCCCUCCGACUUGUUGCAAGCGUUUCUUUUGAAAGUAACUGACACACUUGACCUUCAUGUUCUAAACGUUUCUAUCAUAAGUCAUAUGACGGACUUUUUUCAAGAACUUGGACCAGCAAUGACGCAGUUCGCAGAACAGAGUGUCCAGAAAACCUGUCGAAUCCAUGAAACAGCAGUAAACUUUUCCCAGAGCUUCGACGACUUUAAAGAUAAGAUUGAAAGGGAGGGCAUAUUUCUUCUCAAGGACAUUCAAAAUACAACACAAAGCGUUCUGAAAGAAUUGCUUAACCUUACAAUUGUCUUAGAUACUUCAAUAGACGAGAUUGACCAGAAUUUCACCACUUCUGUGAAACACUUCCUUUCUGACUCUCUAAAAGAAACUACGGACAAACUAAGCAAUAUUGAGAAUAUAGUAGAUGAUGCCGUAAACUUUACGAGAGGAACGUCGACGGAAUUCAGUGGGGCCUGUACCAAAGCAUCAACAUUGUCCGCUGAUGUCAUCGAUCAAGUACAAAACAACGCGCGUCAGGCAGUUAAUGACCUAGCAUCUGUGAUUGGACCUGUGGCAUCAAAAAUCAAAACUAUUGGGACAGAUUUGAAGUCUGCAGUCACAAACGUCGAAACGUGGUACGAAGAAAACCUGGCAGCUCGUGUGGGAAAGAUAUCUCGUGUUUCCCAAAUAAUUGGGAAUUUUCUAUCAAUUGUAAACACGAAAAAUGACUUUCUUAACGCCCUUCGAGAUAUAGCUUCUCGCUUAUAUGAAGUUCUUAAACAUCUAAAAAGCCUUCCAGAAUAUGCAAUCAAGGCAAGGAAAACUGCAGACAAAAUCAUUGAUUUUGCAAAUGAAUCACAGAAUUAUAAAGACGAAAUUCAAAAGCUUGAUAUCCGAAAACAGUUCGGAAAUGACUUUGACCAACGGCUACAAAAUGUUUGUAACAAGUUCAAAGCCAUCACUGCUGCAGUGCUUGUCAGACCUUCUGAUGUGGUGCAAGAGCUCAACGAAUUUUUCAAUCAAGAAGCCAACACGCUCGUCGAAAAAGCGUUGCCAAAAUUUAGGAGUAUAAAGGAUUCUGUAGACGAGACAAAAGAAGAACUGCAAGGAAUUAGUUCAAUGGUUGAUGAUGUGAUAGCAGUUCUACACGAUCUCAAGCCUGUUACGAGCUCGUUUUCGACCAUACUUGAAACAGCAAGAAAGUUACCUGACUGCGAGCAGAUGACUCAAAUAUUUGUCCAAAGCACGAGACCCUGUGUCCAAAAAGCACUCUCGAUUGGUAGGUUCGUUAUCCAUCAGUAUGAAGACGUUAAGGAAGAAAUAGUUGUCCUCAGUGAACUGGUUCCGGAAACGUGGAAGAACUUCAAGUUACAGAAAUGUGUGAAAGGCGGUACCUGCAUUUCCAAAGCGUUCAUUAAGCAAGGGAAAGUUAUUAAAAAGAAGCUAGAUAUCGUUAAGGACAAACUUGAGAAAGCCAGUGAGUACACCGACUUGCUCAGCAAGUGCGAGGAGGGUGUCAGCAACAUAACAGAAGUGGUGGACAGCAUUAAGCUACUUAUGGAGCAAGUACAGAACUUCUCUCUUCAAGAUAAUACUCAAAGAGUAAAAGCAAUCUUGCAGAAGAUCACAGGACAAACUGCUGCUGACGAAGACCAACAAAAGGGAACUGGAAGUCGAAAAAAGGCCAUAAAAUAUGCAAACGAUGGUCCGGAAAGAGCUGUUGAUUAUAUACAAAAAGCCAAGGAGUUGGACAACCGAAUUCAGAAUUUUCAGGAAAAUACUUUUCUGGGAUUCCGUAGUGUUUACGAAGACGCUAUACAUAAACACGUACAGUCACUGAAGAGCAUACGUUCCAAGCUUGAAUUAUCGUAUCAGCUCUGGAAAAAGACAAAAGAUGUUAAUAGUGUUAUGAAGGCUUUGGAUACCAGUACUAAAGGAGCGCUGGCAUUUGCUGAUAAUCUACAGGAGGUGACGGCUUUGUUUUCGAAGCCAACUAGCAUCCUUCUUGCUGAUAUUGAAGAGAUAAGCGACAAGGUGAAACCUCAUCUUGACAAAUACACCUCAGAAGUGGCCGAUGCGGUUGACAAAGUCAAUGGAUUUUUAGAAAAAGUCACCAAUUUUUUGAACACGAUUCAGACGAGACAAAGAGGCUUAGACCCCAGCACUUACAAACCUUGGCAAGAUUUACCGUAUUGCUCUAAGGAGGUUUGCUUAAGAUCUAUAAGGAGAUCAUCACCUCAGUAUUUAUCAGAUAUUUUCACUUGGAAAUUUCCGCAUCUUGAUGAUCUAUCUUCAAUGAAAAAGAGCGGACGUUGGCUUACACCGGGAUUGUUUGAUGACUAUAAAGUGGAGGGAAUUGCUCAGCUCUCCGAGAAAGAUAUGAUUCUGGGAAUGUACGGCGUAGCAAGUAAUGAAGACAAAGCAUCGCUCCUUGUUGUUACAAACGUUGAUAAGGGGGUCAAGAAAAUUGUUCAGCUAAAGAAACACAGUGUUAUUUUGUCGGUAAAAAUUGGUGGUGUUGCUAUAGCUAGGAAUUACAUCUGGAUCAGCAACAAUGAUGGAAAUGAAAUCCUUUCGGUAAAAAAAGUCGACAUAACGUCAUCAUUUUCUUCACCUAAACCUUCACAAGUUGAUAUCUUCAAGACUGUGACUGUCGAGGGAGCAGCUGGGUCUGUGUCUUACGAUGAACAACGCAAUGUCCUAUGGAUAACAAACGGCAAAGUGGGUAAGGCGUACGGUUAUAGGCUGUCAUUGGAUGGCGAUCUCGCUAUCGCUGGUUUAGCCCCAUACAGAGUAAUUCACAUCGGAAAGAAUGCUCAAGGGAUGACGAUUGUAAGGCAGUUUGGUGACGACUAUGCGUGUAUCUCAAGGUGUGCAAUGGUUGCUGGGUUUCAGUGCAAGCUUGAAUUUCAUCACUUGAAUAAUGGGGACGAAACGGGAGAAAACACCCUAGCGAGAGUGGUUCGAACUCCCUCUGGAUUAGAAUCUGUCAACAGAGUUGAUAAUGAAGUUAUUUUAUUGGCAUUCUCCAGUGGUACGUUUGCUGAAAAAGAAAAUUUCGAACUACUUGGUGGCGACUUUGAAGACAGAUACUUUAAAAUAAGGCUGCCGAUUCUUAAUACCACCUUUGGUAUAAAAGAGAACUGUAUUUACUUUAAAGUAAGGAACUACAACGUUGUUAGACCGCGGACACUCUUUCCAAUCGGAGAUCACAUGUGUGGAACAAACCGCAAGCGAAGUAUCUCUCAGGAGCUCCUGGAAACAGAUGUCUACCAUGAGCAACUUGAAAAGAUUCACCGAAAAAGAGUGCAAAGAAGUGCUACAGGUUUAGGUUCCUGCGAAUUUUCUCACAGAGGAACGUUAUUGCGAGGUUCCCAUGAAUUUUAUCGAUAUAAAACAGGUUUUUCAGUGUUUGGAAUAUAUGUUGUGUUUGUUGCAGGUGCUGCUGGUCAUUAUAGUAUAGGUUACCAGGCAACAAUGUGUUUAAAAAAGAAUCUCUUUACUUCAGGUUUGAUUCCCGGGGCGUGGAUCUCUGUAUACGCUGGUGCUAGCGUUCCUCUUUAUGUUAUUAAAGCUGGAGUUACAAUUGAAGCCAGGCUGCUGGAAAUUUACCUUAUUCCGGAGUUGCGUAUAUCGUUUGGCAGCUGGCCUUUAAAAGCAUGCAUCGAACUGAGAAUUCGCUUGACCCCUUUGAGCAUCAGAGUUUAUCUUUGGUACAGGUUUAUGAAAAUAAGCAUUGAUUGUUGGUUAAUUGGGUGUGAUAUAAAAUUCUACUGGGGCUCAAUGAACACUUUUAAGGAGUGGUCGUGGACAACAAAACAAAUCAACCAAGUCCUUUUCACGAGUUGCCAGGAAGAAAAAGACAGCACGCCUCCGAAAGCGGGAACGUGUGUAGCUCGGCAGGUGGCAGACACCAAAUACUUUGUAGAGUGGCAUGGAUUUAAGGAAGACUCAAAAAUUAGUGCUUAUCAAGUCAGGAUAGGAUCUAUAGAAGGCUCAGUUGAUGACUACUCUUCUUGGGUGGGUACAUCGCUUAGCAAGGUUGUCACAAACCUCGCGGUCAUGGACGGUAGAGAUGUAUUUGUCAGUGUUAUGGCGACAAACGAAGAAGGACUCGACAGUCCCUUGGCAAAUUGUCCGUCGUUUCCCGCGAGGAGAAAAGGACCACAAAUUCGUUAUGUUUAUGAUGGCGUAGUAAAAGGAAAAGAUGCUGACUAUCAGUCCGAUAAUUACACUUUAGGAAUGAACUUCGCAUUUAAAAGUGAUUCAAAUGAAAUUGUCCAGAUCAAAUGGGGAGUUUCUUCAAACCCAGCUUGUACGUUAGAUACAUUAGAAGCAGACGUGGUUCCUCUGAAAUCUCUUGGAGAUUCUAACUCUAUUCAAGUUAGUGGUUUAAAUCUUGAACACGGAAAAACGUAUUUCACUCGCUUGUAUGCAAUGAAUAAGUUCGGAUUAAAAGCGGUUAUGUGCAGCGACGGUAUCUUAAUUGACAUAACUCAGCCCAUACCAACAUAUGUUCAAGACGGUGCUGGUGAAGUUGACGCGAGCUUUCUUCCAUCAAUACGACGUGUCCGUGCAAAGUUUGAUCGUUUUAUUGAUCGUGAAAGUCCGAUUACCAAGUAUGAAUGGAAAAUUGUGAGAAAUAUAUCUGGUGAAGAAGUCACAGCUUUUGUCAAUGUACCUGUCACCCAAACGACACCCCUCAUUGAUGGCCUUUCUCUUGAGGCGGGCUCUCCUUAUAGGAUUACCCUUCGUGGAACUAACGCCGUCGGUCUUCAAGCGGUCAUCGAGACAAAUGGAUUUAUACCUGAUAAUACACCACCGUAUUGUGAAGGACGCGUGAUUGACGUCUCUGAUGAAAAGGACACGUCAGACGUAGAUUUCGUGAGAGAAUUAAAAAGUAUCCAAGCAAAAUGGAAAUGUUCAGAUCGUGAAAGUACCAUUCGUUCACAGCUUGUAGGUGUCGGGACUUACCCUGGUGGAGAUGACAUUCGAGCCUUUGAAAAACUCGACCAUCUGCCACAAACCACAAUGGAUGGUGUUUUUUAUGUUCAACUUCCUGACAUUAACAUUUUCGUAAAGUUUCGAUACCAUGUUACCAUAAAGAUCAUUAAUGGAGCGGGUCUGAAGAAAACUAUCUCCUCGGAUGGCAUUUUAAUUGAUAUGACACCACCAACGGUUGCACCACUAUACAUCAAAGAUGGACAAGGAGAAAUGGACAAGAACUAUACUAAUGACCGCUUUUCUUAUAGUGCGCACUGGGAGCAAGCUUUUUCUGAUGCAGAAAGUGGGCUGGUGGAAUAUCGUGUGGGGCUUGGUACUAAAUCUGGACUUGCUGACAUUAAAGCUUUCAGUUCGGUGGGCUCGGAGACUAAUGAGACAAUAACAGGAAUCCUCCUCGAAAGUGGUCGGCGUUACUUCGUGACUGUGAUUGGUUGUAACAGAGUGGGUAUGUGUAUCAACGCAAGCAGCGAUGGUGCUAUUGUAGACUUUGUCCCUCCGCAUUCUGGAAAAGUUUUCACCGGAUUGGCAGGUCCACCAAUCUUGUACCAGUGGAUAACUACGUCAGUAUGGGCAAGAUGGAAUUGGUGUUUGGCGGAUGAGAAGAGAGCAUCUGCAGUUUUAAAGAACAAUAAUCAGUGUGGCAACGACAGCUUUUUUGAUGUUCACAGUGGAAUUGGUAUGUUUAGUAUUUCUGUGGUAACGCAAACUACUGAGCAGCUUCUCGCGCCAUUCAAGUUAGCUGGACGCCAAAGAUACGCUGGCCGUAACAUUAAUCUUAAAGAUGGGGUCUACUCGGUUGCUAUUGAAGCCAGCGACAAAGCAGGUGUUGCUUCCCGUGGUCUGUCAAACACGUUUAUUGUUGAUAGCAGUCCUCCUUUAAUAACUCUGGUGCAGCAUGGCCAUUUUGGCGAAACGUUGGAAUAUGUAAACGUUUCUGUCGUAACAUUUCGAUCUUACUUUAUGGUUGAAGACGAACUUUCCCGGGUGAAAGCUUACAAAAUUGGCGUUGGAAGUUAUUCCGGCGGUGAUGACAUCAUUAAAUUCCAGUCCUUCUCUUUACGUUUUCCGACAUCAUCAUUGCGAGCUAACUGGACAUCGCUGACACCAACAUUUCUGGAAAACAACAGGCGUUAUUUCAUCACCGUAUUAGCUUUAAACAGCGCUGGCCUCCCCACUGUUAAAUCUUCCCCCGCUCUGGUCUCUGAUUUUGACGUACCUCAAGAUGGGAUAGUAUUAGAUGGCUGGGACUUACAGGAUGCCAGGUAUCAGAGCUUUGCCUCCGUCUACCGUGCGCACUGGCAUGGUUUUACUGAUUUCUCAGGAAUCGACAAAGUGUACCUUGGGUUGUCUAGCAAAUCGAGGUCGACUUUCUGUGAUGCGAGGAAAGAGGUAAUCGUUUCAAGUGACACAAACUUCUAUGUUUUAUCCGGACUAGCGUUAAUCUCGGGACAGACGUACUACGCAUGUCUUAAGUUAGAGGAUAGAGCUGGGAAUUCCAAAUUCUUUCAUUCCAAUGGUGUGCUGGUAGACACAACCCCUCCUCAUCCAGGUUAUGUUUCUAAUGGAAGACCAGGGCAGGAGAUAGGCACACAAAUGGAGAGCUCCGUUCUUACAGCUUCAUGGGGUAACUUUACGGAACAUGAAACAAGCAUCGUGUCAUAUCAUCUGGCGUUUGGUUCUUUCCCAGGUGGCCAAGACGUGCAAGGAUUCACAAACGUGGGGAUGGUAAACACCGCCACAAGCUCUAGACUGAAAGUUUCGGAGCUGAAGUCUGGUCAAGUUUACUAUACAUCAGUGAUUGCCUACAACAUACUCGGGAUGCCCAGCUUUAUGGCUACAUCCGAUGGCGUAUUGGUAGAUUUCAGUCCUCCGUUUUUUUCACAACCAGGUCGUGAUGGUGAUGAUCCCGAUAAUGAGUUAAGCUAUACAUUUGAAAAUUCCCUGAAAGCAACAUGGAAGUGCGAGGAUCCAGAGAGCGGCCUCUCCGCCAUUGCUAUCGCUUUUGGUCUACAGCCAGGUGAUGCAGACAUUGUAAAUUUCACCAGCCUACCAGUGUCCCAAACCUCUUUUAUAACCAAUCGAAAGCUUCGUUUGGGUGCUCGCUACUUUAGUACUGUUCGAUGCACUAACAAAGCUGGCCUUACAACAGCCUCUUAUUCCGAUGGAAUCGUAUACGACGAUACGCCCCCUAAUCCAACUUAUGUUCGGGAUGGUGACUAUCAGACUGCAAAUAGGACUUUGUUUGUUAUUUUUAAGUUUGUUGAUGCUGAAAGUGGCAUUCAGGUAUACAGACUUAAAGUAUGGGGAAGGAGUUCCCACAACACCUCGCUGGAUAUGCAUGAUUCCUUCAGGGUUCGUGGGAAUGUUACUAGUUUAACUUUGGAGCUAUCAAAAGAACUUGCAAGCGGAAAAACGUAUUAUGUCAACGUAACAGCAGUGAACAGCAUCGGCCUAGAAGCUACCAUACAAUCAGAUGGAUUUGCUGUUGAUACUACUCCUCCAAUAUGCUCCCAGGUCUGGGAUGGCAAAAGUAACUAUCCAAAUGACAUUGAAUAUGCUCCGAGCUCAAACAGAUUCAUUAUUUCUUGGGUUUGCUAUGACAACGAAUCUCCAAUAGUUCGGUAUCAGUUUUCGGUCAGAGAUAUGCAAACAAAGGAGCACGCCAUUCCGUUUUACACUUUGAAGACGCGUGUGAACCCAACUGGAUCCGCAGUAAUUACAGGCGGAGGUCGAAUGACAGCACGCUUUAUUGAAGGACACACUUACCAAUCUGGAAUUGAGGUUGCGAACGCUGUUGGCUUGAAGUCAAUUAAAUGGACAGAUGGUGUUACAAUUGAUAAUACACCUCCUGAAGUGAGUAAUCUAAAGCUUGCAUUUGAUCCAGAGAGGGAUCUCUUAAAAGUUGAAUGGUCAGUAAGCGACAGAGAAAGUGGCGUGAAGUCAGUGUCCUGGGGACUUGGAACAAUUCCAGGAACGAAUGACGUCAAGAACUUUUCCGACGUUUCGCCAUCAGUAACUAACAUAUCAAUAUCAAGCGUUUCGUUCCAGCAGGGCAGUACGUGUUUUUUAAAUAUUUUUGCGGUUAAUAAAGGUGGCCUGUCUAGCAAAUCCUCCUCAAAUACCAUUAUCAUUGAUCGCUCAGCGCCAAGCCCUGGGAUUGUAGCUGCCCAUCAUGUAUUCCCACGCAGUUAUGAUCAAAGCAGCAAUAAGCUGUCCAAUUCCUCUUUUGUUGUCACUUGGACAGGAUUUACAGAUACUGAAAGUGGUAUCAAGAAGACCAGCUGGGCAAUUGGAACAGACUGCCAAAAACUGAAACAAGAUGGCGACAAUUUAUACACUGAAGUAGUAGCUGAUGACUCUGUUGGCGGAGUUAUCAUCGAGAAUCAAACCCUUAUGGAAAACGAAACUUAUUUUGUUUCUGUUCGAGUUACGAAUGGUGCUGGGCUUCACAGAACAGAUUGCUCGCCAGGAAUGCUUGUAAUAUUAGGAAAACUAUCUGCUGGUGUUGUAAGCGACGGACCGUUCUCGUCAGAAAAUGACAUUGACUUCCAGCUCGAUGAUAGAGCUAUUUGGGCACACUGGCGUGGUUUUAAGGAUCCUGCAUUUAGUAUCUCAAGAUACGAUUGGUGCAUUAGAGAUCUGCCACCCAAUGCAUCUGGAUUAGAGGCAUGCGCAUGGCCAUUCAUAGAAGUGCACCAUUUAAAAACCAAAGCUAGUCGCCUUCAUAACCUGACUCUUUUGCAUGGAAAGAAAUAUUACGUGACAGUAAAGGCUGAAAACGUUAGGGGUGAUACUGUAAUGUCAUCCUCGGAUGGUGUAAUUAUAGACCGAACACCUCCAGUUGCAAAAUCAAUCCAGAUCUCGCCAUCAUCGGGUGAAGAAACUUUGUUCUUAACAUCACCGUCUGCUCCUGUAGUUACCUGGUCAAUUGAUGAUCCCGAAAGCGGAAUAAGCCACUUCAUCGUUCACGUCGGCAGCUUUCCAUUUGAAAGUGACCUGUUAGCCAGUCAACGCCUCGAGAGUCUAAGCCGUUCCCUUGAUUUAGGCCAGGUAAAUUUCACGCUGUAUCAAGGCUUAAUUUUCUACGUGACCGUUAAUGGCGUCAACAUGGUAGGUCUGGAAACCGUUCUAACAUCAAAGCAAGUAGUAGUGGACUGGACGCCCCCUGAAGCAGGGGAAAUUUUGGAUGGUAAUCGGACAAUGCCAAUGACGGGGGUGUUUAUCGACAGUGAUUACCAAAAAGAUAGCGGGAUGUUGUUUGCGCACUGGAGUGGGUUUGAAGAUUCUGAAAGCGAUGUUAUAGAAUAUCAGUGGUGUGUUGGAAUAGCUCAAGGAACCUGUGAAGUAAAAAACAUGACAUCUGUUGACCUUCGAACAAGCGCUUAUCACUGGGUUAAUCUUCAAGAAGGCUUACAGUAUUUUUUUACAGUCGAGGCAACCAAUGGUGCUGGUCUUAAAGAUGCAAUCUACUCUGAUGGUAUAACCGUCGACAUCUCGCCACCUACAAUGGUUGGGGUUUACCACAGUGUUGAAAAUGAAGAAGAUAGCGUGCCCCAGUUCAUCAUUCAAAAUGAUGGUAGAUAUUUAGAAUUCUAUUGGAAUAAGCCCUAUGACACGGAAAGCAGAAUUUGGUCCGUUAAAUGGUGCGCGGGAACAAAGAACAACUCCUGUGAUAUCGUCUCGCUGACCUCAGUUGAUCCGGAAGAUACUUCGGUAAAGCAUUACAUGUCUCCGCCGCUAGCCUCUGGUACUGUAGUGUAUGUGAUGCUUGUUGUGACAAAUGGUGCUGGAAUUACUUCCACGGUCGUCGCCCGACCGCUUUUAAUUGAUACCACCCCUCCGUCAGUUGGAAAUGUGACCUUAAGAAAAACUGCAGAAACCACCUAUUUUAAAAAAAGAGAUUCAAUUACAGCUAAAUGGAGUGGGUUUGUGGAUAACGAGAGUCGUUUAAGCCAUUUUGAAUGGGCCAUUUGUCAAACGAGCGAAACAGACAAAUGUAUUAAUGAAUAUGUGAACGUUGGCCUUAAUACUUCUACAAAUAUUGACGCUUUUGGUAUCAAGUAUGGCAUAUCGUAUGUCAUAAUUGUCCGUGCGUUUAAUAAGGUUGGCUUAUUCAGUGAAGCUACUUCCUACCAGUUUAUGCUGGAUGGAGCUAACCCAUCUCCGGGGACUGUGUACGAUGGAUUGGAGCGACAGACAGAUAGAGAAUUUCAAAGCUCUACUACUCGACUCUCAGCCAACUGGUCCCCGUUCCAAUGUGCUAAUAGCCGCAUUGUUGACUACGAGAUGUGUGCAGGAACAGAAGCAGGGACAUGUGAUGUGAGUGGAUUUGUAAGUCUUGGCAUGGACUUUAAAGGGUCCAUAACAGGAUUAAGCUUAAAGCACAAUGAAAGGUACUUUGUUACCGUACGUGCAACGAGUGAGUCCGGUUACAGCACAACGGCAACCUCUAAUGGUGUCAGAGUUGACAGUACGUCACCUUUAGGAGGAAAGGUAAGAGAUGGUCAGACACUCCUGGACAUUGAUUACCAAGCAGCUGACACGGUCAUUUCUGCCAACUGGGAUGAGUUCCAGGAUGAAGAAUCAGAUGUUAGAGGCUAUACUUGGUGUGCUGGCACAGGAAAGGGUAUCUGCGAUAUCAUAUCCGAAACCAGCGUUGGCGAUCGCACCAGUGCCAGUCAACAGAUUCUGCCACCACUACCUGGAGGAAUAUCAAUAUUUGUUACUGUCAGCACCUGGAACAACGCAGGCCAAUAUACAACAGUAUCCUCGGACGGAUUUAGAGUUGACGACACUCCACCGAUUCUCUCAAAGGUUCUGGACUUGCAGGUUGGCCUAGGUGAUAAAAAGAUUGAAUACCUCACAGCUAAAGACAGGUACUGUGUUAGUUGGGAUAGCAUAGAUUCUGAGAGUGGUGUGCUCAAAAGCGAGGUCUCCGUCUGCUCUGAAACGGACACUCGUGAAUGUGUACUGUAUAAUUUAGACGUAGGAAACCAAACAUUUAUCUGUGUGGCUGACCUGGAAUUCAAAGAAGGACUAAGGUAUGUGACGAAAAUUCGGGUGGAAAACAACGUUGGCCUGUUCGCAGAACUCUAUUCAGAUGGCUUCGUGCUUGACUCAACGCCUCCCUUCAUGGGUGAGAUAAAUUUCCUUGAGAGCACAAACCCAAUCGUGAAGGAGGCUGCAGAGCAUUUCACACAGUCCCAAAUUGCAGUUCAGUGGAAUGGCUUCUGGGACAAAGAGAGCAGUGUUCGUACUUCCUACGUUUGUGUUGGAACACAGCCAGGAGAUUGUAACAUCAAGAACUUUACUGACAUGAGUAACUCCACUACUUUCACUUUCCAAGAUUUACCGCUCAUUCAAGGAGAAACGUACUUUGUUUCUGUUAAGGCGGAAAACGGAGCAGGCUUAGCAAGUGAAGUGAAAACGUCUGACGGGAUUGUUGUCGACAAGACAGGACCUACCAAUGGUGGUACAAUAAUAGAUGGAAAUAAAGAAGGCGAGGACAUUGAUGUUCAACAGAGCAGAACCCUCAUUACAGCUUACUGGAGUGCCUUUGAAGACCUUGAAAGUGGAGUCAUUAAAGUCACUUGGUGUGCGGGUUUGUCUUUAGGCACUUGUGAUCUCGUGAAUGAAACGCAAAUUGAUCAUAAUGGCACCUUUGUCCGUUAUGUGCUUAACAAGGCGAUCGCAAAUGGCCAGCGCCAUUAUGUCACGGUCAAAGCAACCAACGGAGCAGGUGUAACAACAUCACUAACGUCAGAUGGAGUGAUAGUCGAUGAAAGCCCUCCCAUUUCCGGUAGUGUGAUAGAUGGAAUGGUGUCAGAUGUAGAUUAUGUGAAUAGUGAAGAUGAUAUCACUGCACGUUGGUUAGAUUUUCUGGACUUGGAAUCUGGUAUCGAGUCUUACGAAGUCGCUUUAUGUGAUGCUAGAAACCUGUCUUCCUGUCCUCAAACCUUCACUGCAGUGGGACAAGUCACUAAUGUGACAAUAACAGGUUUGGAUCUUGAGAGUGGCGAGCAAUACAGGUUUAUCGUAAGGGCCAAAAACUACGCCGGUAUUACAGUGGAAGCAUUCUCUGAUGGAUUCACGGUCGAUUUUACUCCUCCGACGGAAGGCAAAGUAUGGAUUGGUGCUAGAAACAUGCACGUCAGCUAUCAGUCAGAUUCUGCCAAAGUGGUCGUAAGUUGGACUCCUUUCAUGGACUUCGAGAGUGGCAUCGUUAAAUAUGAAAUUUGUCUGACUUCUGCUCUCCAAAACUGUACUGUCACCACCUUCGUUGACGUACAAUUGAACAGAAGCUACACAAUCGAUGGCCUUAACCUUACGCAUGACAAAACUUACUACGCUAUCGUUCGUGGUACAAAUAGAAUUGGACAGUCAACGGAGAUGACAAGUGAUGGAGUAUUGAUCGAUUUGACCCUACCGACUCCAAAGAAUGAUGACUAUUUGUCUUCUUUGACACGUUCAAAUUCAACCCUAACAAAUGUAAAUGUUUCCAUCUCAAAUCUCAAAUCAUUAAAAGAGAAUCAAACUAGCUCUCCCAUCACUUUCAUUUGCUCCGAAGAAUACUUAACAUCCCGUUGGGAAGAAUAUGAAGACCAAGAGAGUGGAAUGGUGAAGUAUGACUGGUGUGUUGGAACAGCAAAGGCUUCCUGUGACGUGGUGUCUGUGAGGUCGGUGGGAAUGAGAACGCGAGGCGCAGCUAUUGUCAACAGACUUCGCCUAGGAACAAAACUAUUUUCCACCGUGUAUGCCGAGAACGGAGCGAAACUAAGAAGGCGAAUAGUAUCAGAUCCAUGCACAAUAAUUACUAUAGCACCGAAGCUGGCCGAAGUGAUUGACAUUUCAAGCUUUAACACAAGCAAUUUCACAGAUAUCGACUGGAAGGCCAAUUUGCAAAGUUUGACACUGAGGUGGAACGUUAUUGGCAGUUAUCUUGACGAAAUUUCACGCCUGCGUGUUCAGGUAGCAGUCACGAAACUCUCCUCUAAUCUUUCUGUACCACGAAUUCUUCAGGAUACGUCUUGGAAUGGAGAGUCUCUUGAGCAACCCUUCAUGGACGUGUUGCCGUGGCAACGCAACGUAACAAUAAGAAGAACCUUUCAUCCGUGGGAACGUUACCGUGGCAUUGUGAGGGUGUGGAACAAGGGAGGAAUCUACUCCGAGGCCUGCAGCGAUGGGUUAAAAAUGGAACCGAGUCCUCCACCAACCCGUGGUCUUGCAAUCCGCGACAAAGCCGCUGAAAAUGAACACUUACGCUGGUUACCAAACCUGAGGAUUCCACCAGUCAGCGAGAGUACAGUAGAUACCGAUGUGACCUUCAUCUCUUCUCCAGCGGAGUUAGAACUCACCGUUAACAGUGAUGCCUCAAACCAAACAUUUGACAGAACAAAGUUUUUACUCGAACACAAUAUGUUUAGCCCAACUGCCGAAUUUAAAAUAAUCGUUAAAAGAGUGACAAGUGGAAAUAAUGACACAAACAUGACAUCCCAGUCCACAACAAUGAAGGCAAUCCCUGGUUUUGCGGACGCGGAAGGUGCGUGCUGUGCAAGAACGCCUAACAAUGCACUAUCUGCCUUAAGUGACACACACUUCAAGUCAACUUUACCAAUCGAAGACUAUGGAGUUUCCGUUGCGGUUUUGCAAAAUGACGUUGUAGCUAUUGGAUGUAAAGGUAAAGUGGUUCUACAGCCUCUGAAGAAUCAAACUGCAAGUUACUCUAUUGUGCUUGAUGACCACUCUGAUCCUAAUGCAAGUGUAAAGAUAUCUUCCAGUGAAAACAGAACAGGCUUUCUAUUGAAUGGUAAACUCUAUCUCUAUAACCUUACUGCUGGUGAGCCUGGUGAAAGCAUAUUAAGCGAGGCCAUCGUGGUUGGAAAAUGUAAAAGCGUUUCAGCGUCAGACUGCUCUGAUGAUGAAGCAUGGGCAGAUAACCUUGGACAAGCAUUUGCCCUCAGUCAGAACGUAAUUGCAGUGACUGGAACGAAUUUAACCUCCAACAACAGCGUUGUUGCCGUUUUUCGAGAGGAUUCUGGAAAAUGGAAGUUUACUCAGGUAAUUGGCGAGGAUUUGAACGAUCCAAACUUUGGACACUCAAUAUCUUUGAACGACCGUACUCUGGCGAUUUCGGCUGGACAUGGGAAAAACUGCUGCGUGUUUAUAUACUCACUACCGGCCCUUGUAGUCCGUAAAACAAUAUGUCUAGCCGACUCUGUAAACCAAAUGGCACCUCUGUCUUUACACCUUACUGACACGGACGCUCUUGUGGUAUUGUCCGAGACAUCUCGAUUACUAAAAGUGUUUCAGAUUAACAUCUCUUCAAAUUCUUAUCAUGAUGUGUGUGAGUACAAGGCUGGGAGAGAUAUUGAUGAACUGAGUGGGAAUCUUGAUGUAAACACUCGAGGGGAAGGAUUUAUUGUUGCCCUCGGAAUUGAAGCAUUAAAUGGUGGUGAAGGAGUCCAACUGCUUGGCUUCCAAGGAAUUUACUCUAAAGAUCCCGACGUGAGGAAAGAAAUUACUGAAUGUGUCAAUCUAGGAUCAGUACUUGCCAGAGGAAGCGCGUUACGAGUUGAUGGCAUGGAGACUCGAACAUCUGUGUCCUUCAAAGGAAACACUAUCUUAUUCGGGAUACCUGACGUCCUUACGUGGCCUAACACUCGUCAAUGGUCAAGCACCGGAAGAGUUUUUAUGGCAACAUACUGUCCACCAAACCACUUCCGUACCAGAGUUUAUAACGUCCGGAGCUUACGUCCCAUAUCUUGUCAACCUUGUGAGGAAGGAAGGAAAUCAUUUGGAGGCUUUUCGGAAACUUGUUCAGUUUGCGAGGGGAGGAUUUGCUUCUCGCCUCAAAUUAAUGAGUCCUCCAGUUUCAAGUCAGGUAUCUGCGAUGACACAUCUUGUGUUUCGACCUUACAUUUGAGCAACACAACAAAUGGAAUCAAUGUUCAGUUAUCAAAUGGAUCGUUGUUCGUCGCUGGAUCCGAGCACGUCUACACUGUCGAACUACUCGAAACCACCCGAGCUGGUAAAUCAACGAGCUCGUUAUCAGGAUCAUUUGUGAUCGACUCGACAGCUCCCGUGCCUGGAGUGAUAUACGAUGGACUUGGCAGUGACCAAAACGUGAAUUGCUCCGAUAACUCAACAUUUGGGGAAAACAGCCAGUGUUCUACUCGUAAUUUUGAGGCCACGGAUGUGAAGUUUACGAAUAACACGCGAGAGGUCCAUGCCAGGUGGAUUGAUUUUCUGGAUAAUGAGAGCGACAUUGUAGAGUAUUUCUGGUGUGUGGGCAGGAAGCCAAUGACAGACGACAUUCGGGUAUGCGAGAGCACAGGUAUGAGGCCAAAUGGAAGUCACUAUGGACUUAGUUUGAAACAUGGAGAUUCCUAUUACAUCACAGUUAUUGCCUGCAAUGGAGCCCGAAUGUGUUCAGCUGCUCACAGUGAUGGUGUUAUCAUAGAUACUACACCGCCUGUCAUGACAUAUGUGAGAGAUGGAGUCAUGGGACCAGACAUGGACUAUCAGGUGUUUGUUGACAUUAUUUUUGCCUACUUUUCUGGGAGCGAUCCAGACAGUGGUGUGACGUCAUAUGAGGUGGCGUGGGGAAGUGGACCUGGUCUGGUCGACGUAUCAGACUUUGAAGAGGUUAUCAAUACGACUAUAUGGCGUGCUAAGGUAAAGGAAGGGGCACUAGAAAAAGGAAAAAAAUACUUCGCAACCGUACGAGCAAUAAAUGGGGCUGGUUUACUGUCGGAUUGGCUAUCCUCCGACGGAAUUGUUGUCGGGAAGUCCGAGUAUGUCUUUGACAAUUCAUCAAAAGCGUCGUUUUUCUUCGAUACUGUUAACGUGAACGACAAUGGAACACGCAAGGAUGGAGGCGUUGGGCAGACGUACGGAACACUGGAUGUCCCUAAAGGAGCUGUUGAGGAUGAAGUGAAAUUGCGAUGUUAUAGCUUGGAUGAAAAAGCGUUAGACGAAAACAAAACCGAGGAGGGUCCUGUCAGUAAUCCUUCCAAGACAAAACCAAAGCAAUUCAUGCUUGGUAACUACAGUUUUGUCAUCAAGGCCUUGGAUCCUCAGACCAACACUGUACAAGAGGGAUUUAAGUUUGUUAAGCCAAUCAAACUCUCUAUGUUCUAUGACGUCAAUAACUUGAUUGAAGCGAACAAAGAGCACGUCAGUAAAGAAGUUACCAAGGAAGACAUAGACCCUGUGCUGUAUUUGUGGGAUCCGGAUAACGAGACUUGGUUUGACGCAGCCCUGACUUGUCCAGAGCCUUGGAGUCACGUGAACCGCUCGAUGAAACUUCUGGAAGUGCAUGUUUGUCACCUGACUCAAUUUUCAUUUUUCUUCUCCUUCUAUGCAAAGAAUGGCUUGAUUCUGUUUGACAAGAGUCACUCGAUUUACAGUUCGAAUGGGCACAUUGAGGUCUUUCGCAGAAUGAAAGUUACCACACUGGAGAUCCCCGUUCUGAGAUCUAAAGGUUCUGUAGGUGAUAUCACCGUGGAAUGGUCCCUGUACCAAAAUGACUCCUCUGAUACCCUGGAAUUUAUAUGGCCAGCAUCUGGAAACGUAUCCAUGACAGAUGGUCAGUGGAAUAGCUCUUUCAUUUUGAAUGUGGGCAAUGACAGAAGACAGGCGCCGGCAAGUGUGGUCUGGAUUCAACUGGAAAAUCCCACGGGUGGGGCUUUACUAGCGUCUGAUGACAAAACCACCUUAAAGAUCUUGAUUGCGUCCAAUCUGAGAGCAGAUCAAAGCACGUGGAUUAUAACUACAAUUAGCGCGUGCGCAGCUUCAGUAAUAGUACUUUUUGCAGCCUCCUGUGGCAUCAACAGAUAUAAAAAGUCAACUAAAAAAACAGCCACAAAGCGUCGACGUCAGGAAACCGAGAUACCUCACUUGGAAAGCACCGAGAAUGACCAUCCAGCAUCACCAGAGAGCAGUGACAAUGAAAUGGAGACAACUUUCACGACGUUCAAACCAGAGACCAAAAUGGUUUCAGCAAAUCCACUGUAUGACUCAGCAAGUCUUACAGGGCGACCUGGUCCAAUAGGAGCUUCAAAUCCUUUGUAUGAAUCAAGUAGUUCUUCAGAGAUGGGCGGUGCUGGUGCUGUAGUAAACCACCUGUAUGAAUCAACCACCAGUGUUACGGGAGUUGGUGGUGCCCCAGUGGCUACAAAUCCAUUGUUUCAACCCACACCGACUGAGGAAGAAAAGAGAGGAAAAGAAAAUUACGGUGCGAGUGGCGACGAAGAUGGAGGUGAUGCGACGUUUUAGAGGAGAACGGCGACCAAGACUGAAUGAUGGCGGCGAAUAUAUACUACAUGGUGACUGUUACAAUAUCACAUAUACCAAAGAUGAAAUAGCUAGAUUUCAGGGUAGCUUAUUUGAGAUUUUGCCUUAUUUUGCAUGUUUUGAAGUUAAGUUUUUAGAGGGUCUGUAUGGGUAGAGCUAGAAUGAGGAAUGCACAUAACCAUGCAAGACAGAAAGGCUGAGGAUGAAGUAUGUUCUUUAUUUUUUUAUUUUUUUGCGUAUUCAGUGGCAUUAUCUUGAUCAAAUAUUGAGCUUACCUAACGAUAAUGGAUCUAUCCACUGGCACAAUAUGAAAGACAAUCUUCAUACAAAUACAUUGUAAAAGCAUGUAAACAUUACUUUGCUUUUACCUUCCAUAAAUUUCAUGGUCAUGUCAGGUUUUGCCAAAUUGCUGAUCUUUUGAAAGGCUAAGAAAUGUACCAACACAAGACUGAAUAGCUCUGAACAUUGAUCCGCGCCGGUUACUGACAUGUUAGGAACAAAAUGUUAUGCAAAAUUGUUUUAUGUAUUGUUGCCUUAAAAGUGGGCUUAGGUUGACUGAUAAUGUCAAAACUAGUAUUUCUUAUCUGUGCUUGGGGAAAAUUUAUCUCUUUUAACAUAAACUUUAACGAGAUUUUGUUGUUCCGAUCUUAUAACAACUCACGAAAUUUGUGAAAUUAAAGGCAUUAGGGUACUUGAAAAAAAAAAAAAGAAAUAGAGGACGUCUAUAAAGGGAUUUUUGCUCAAUUCUAAAGUAAAAAUGUCAUAUAGCAAGAGUUAUUAUGGUUAUGCCACUACCUGUAGUCUAAUAUCAAGAUUUAUGCUCACGAUUGCAUGUCAUCAAUUUAAUUACAGCGACUCUUUUCAUAUAUUUGUGUAACUUUUGAUAAGAUUGUUGGAAUAAAUGGCAGAUGUUUGUUUA